AUGCCUCCUCGAAUGUUGCACCAUGGCAUCUAUGCAUUUCUGGAAGUUAUGAAAUCUCGACUCCCAGAUAGUCGGAAUUACAUGAUUCAGUUCCUCCAACAUGUGUACGACCUGAUUCAGGUGCUGGUAGAAAGUGCCCCCAGAUUUAAAAAUAUGUGGUUAGAAUGUCUUGGUGACCUGGCCGCGUAUAGAAUGUCCCUCGAGAGUACGUUUUCUGAAGAGAGAAUAGCGCGGGCUAAGCAAUCGACGAAUUGGUAUUACGCGGCUGCCGACGAGAACUAUGGAAAAGGAAGCCUUUACCAUCGACUUGGUAAUCUUGUGGUGAACAAUUUGGGUCGAAAGUUCUUCUUAUACUCUAGGUCUCUUAUAUCUACCGAACGAUGCGAAAAAUCAAAGAGCGGCGUUGAAAGCACCUUUGUCAUGGCCUUACAAUCAGUCAACAGUCGUGGACCCAUCGACCCAGGAAUCUCGUCCUGGUUUGUGAGUGCGCAUGCUCUGCUUCUUCGCGGUGACUCAAUUAGCAAAUUCAUUGCGUACUCCCAGGAGUUUUGUGCUCUCUUACGCUUUAGGAUUGCUCAAGAUGACUUCAAAUUGAAUGGAGCUGGAAUGUACCUGGGAGUCCCCAACAUAGCAGCAAUGUUACAAUACGGUGAAGAGGAGGGAAUCUUUAGGAACAUGUUCAUAGACUCUCACAAGCUGAGCUCGGAGGCCAAACUACAACGCGCGAUGCAAUACUGGGCUGAACAUUCUACCGAUCUCCCGCGAAACACUCCGGAAGAUGAGAUCCUAGCUCCUGCGGCAGCUUUCUCUACUCCUUUGGAAAAACUUUCUUACAGCAUUUAUUUAACCUUCUUCACACUUUCUACUGUUCUUUCACAUACCCAUAGCGAUGAAAUUAUACCCUUUGUUCACAUCUUCCUUACCUUUAUUUGGAGUUUGGCAUUGGUUCCGGAUGCCAUGGACUAUGCCAGCAUACUCCGGCUUGAAAGCACUGACUUCCCCAUAUAUGAUCAAACGCGUUAUUGGCAAAUACCCGAUGAUUUCUCCAUUCGAGGACAAAUCUGGUCGCAAAGUAUAUAUCCGGACAAUUUCUUUCUGGACCCUCUGCCUAAAGAUGAUCGCGGAUUCGACACGAAAUCCUCCAAAGAUACCCGCAACGAGCGUUGUUUAUGGUAUGGAUAUCGUCUAGCAUCGUGUGGACGUUGGAUUCAGUUGUUCACGGACGAAAAAACAGGCGACAGGGACUUUAGACUCACAUCCCUCGCUGAGCACCUCGAGGCGACUGCGAAACAUCCUGGCGUGUUUAAGCCCACACAAAUGGCCAUUCCUUCCAGAUCUGGACGAUCACAGCCGGCUAGAAAAAGGAAAGGCCGUUGA